AUGGGAAACGCUCUAAGAUUCCUCUACGCCAAAGAACUAGGCAAGCAUGUUGUGUCAUCAAGAAAAGCUCAAUGCAACUGGUACAAGAAGCUAGCUGUAGCGUGGAGGGAGACAAAACCGCCCCCUAAAUCCGCGGAAGAAGCCUCGCGGCUCGUGAGUCCGCCAAUGCUCAAGAGGCAUCAGAAGGCAGACGUCGAGGGUCUCUUAGCUUUCUAUGGCCUUCCCCUGCCUCACACUUUGGUGGAGCUCACCACCGGGGUUCCUCCCUCCCGGCCUCAAGGUCUCAAGUUCGAAUUACAUACUAUACCCGUGGAUCCCAAGGCUGUGGCUGAUGGCGAUACAAUUACAGUAUAUGUAAGCGUUGAGGACUCUAGGGAGUCUGCGAAUGUUCCUAGGGAGGUCCAUGUUGCAGCUUUUGAAAGAGCUAGCGCUCGCGCUCAGAGGAAUUAUGAUCGUGCGGAUGAACUCCACAGAUAUAUUAUUGAUGCAGGAUAUAAGGUGAUAAACCUUCAACACGAGGAGGUUCUUGCCAAGAAAUACAGAAUAAGAUUGAGGGGAAUUGAUGCACCGGAGGGUAAAAUGCCGUUUAGACAAGAAGCGAAGGACGAGCUGGUAAAGAUUGUGCAGAACAAGUGUUUAAGAGUCCUUGUGUUUGAUGAAGAUCGUUAUGGUAGGUGCGUAGGAGAUAUAUAUUGCAAUGGCAUCUUCGUUCAGGAAUCGAUGCUUAAGAAGGGGCUAGCAUGGCACUACAAAGCCUACGAUCGACGUCCGGAGUUGGAUAAGUGGGAGAAAGAGGCUCGCGCAAAACGUGUGGGUUUAUGGUCGUCUUCUAACCCUGAGAUGCCGUGGGAGUGGAGAAAGGACCGACGUCAAGGCAGAUAA